AUGAAGAUCAAAGACAUUCCAGAUGACAUUUUCCUCGUAUCUAGUGCAAGCGAGGGACAAGUUUUAUGCCUUUGCCUCGGUUAUUGUUCGCCAACGAUGCCAAAGUCAGCUGUACUGGGACCACAGCUGAUCCUCGGUGUUCGAGAAUAUUACGCUAGGCUCAUGAUCGACUUCGAUGCAGGACCUAACCUGAGUUCAAUUGCUUUCCAAGAAUCUGUGCAUGUAUCAACUGGCAAUAAUCCGGCGACCCAUCUCGAGACAUUCAGUAUCAAGGAAGUGAGAGCUUUCCAUAUGUUCAGAAAUGAAGCUACCCCUGACAAACUAGGUCGUCAGCAACCAUCGGUCGUUCAACAUGGUACAUUUACAAACCUUGAGGCCUUGAGGGAUGAAGUAACCCUUGUAAAUGUCAUUGGUCGUUGUUGCGCCCGGGACGCCUAG